GUCCAUUAUUCGUCCUUGACCUUACCUUCGUUUUAUAGACAAUAUUAUUAUUGUUUUUUAAAAUGAUGUCUAGAUCGGUCAGGACAGAAACACGAUCAAGAGCUAGAGAGGAUUUUAAGAAGGUUAUUAAUGCUAUAGAUAAAGUGAGAAAGUGGGAGAAAAGAUGGGUAACAGUAAGUACGGAGACGCCUCUUAAAAUCUACAAAUGGGUUCCGAUUAGCGUCUCAGAAGUUAGCCGAAAGCCUGUAACAAAUACAAAGCUUUUAGAAAUGGCUUCAAGAAAGGAUGAAAAACUGUCAAGUCUCCUUAUGGAUGAGAGCUCCAAUUUGAGUCAACCAGAUUCAAAGUCUCAAGAUAGUCUAAGCUGUUUCAACGAAGAUUCUAAUAUGUCUUUUUCCGUAUCGCAGCAGGAUAGCCAAGACGCUUCAGAUUUCAAUUUAAAGAGAAAUGCAGCCAGCCCGUUAACAGAUAUUUGCAAUACGAAUAAGACACAAUGUAUGGAGAAUUAG